AUCCAACGACAAUGGGAACCAUCGUCACGAAGGAAAGUCCGAUGAGACCGAACCACACAAAAAAUGGUGGUAUUGGCUCCAAGAGGCCACACUGCACAACCAUGUGGAUAACAAUUGAAAAGAGCAGUCCCUGAGAUCCGUCGAUCAACGACUGCAACAGAUAGACGCGCCGAUGGAACUCUCGACUAAUGAGAUGGCAGGGAAUAAUGCCGAUAUCGAUUUUGAUGUCCUUGGAUUCCAUAUCAGGGACACUGAGCUUUUCAUCAGGCGUUGGUGGCAUGGCGAGCAGAGAUAAUGCGAUAGAGCGCUGCAAUGACAAGUCUGGCGGAGGCUGUUAUGAGCUCAGAUGGAUCCGGACGAGUAGACUCAGCCAGCGGUCUACGACCAAGGGAAAUACGACCUCGAGCACGCAUGCUUUCUGACAGCGUCCUUGUCGCGGCACCGGCUUGUUGAUC